AUGGACUCUAGACGCAGAUUUGGGAAAUACAAAGUGGAGCGGGAAGUACUUGAUGAGCAGAGACUGAAAGAGGUAACAAAGAGAAAAUCAUACUCUGAGACUCACCCCUCUUUAACCGAACGGCUUAAAGCCUCUUUAAGAUGUACGGUACCCAAACUGAAAAAAAGUGUAGUGAGCAGCUUGCCCGUGUUAUACUGGCUGCCCAAGUACUCAGUAUGGGACUAUGGCAUGCCAGACCUCAUCUCCGGCAUCAGUGUUGGAAUAAUGCACCUGCCACAAGGUAUGGCAUAUGCAUUAUUGGCUUCCUUACCUCCUGUGUUUGGGCUCUACACAUCUCUCUAUCCAGCACUGAUCUACAUCUUUUUUGGAACAUCGCGCCAUAACUCCAUUGGCACAUUUACAGUGCUCAGCAUCAUGGUGGGUAGUGUGACAGAGAGACUUGCUCCAGACAUGGAUUUUCUCAAAAUAAAUGGGACCAACGUCACUACAGAGGUGGACAUAAUUGCCCGGGACUCAUACAGAGUGCAGGUGGCGGCCGCUACUACAGUCUUAGGAGGACUUAUUCAGGUUGUACUGGGUAUGGUCAAGUUUGGAUUUGUGGGAACGUACUUGUCUGAGCCUCUGGUGCGGGCUUACACAACAGCUGCUGCAGUCCAUGCUGUGGUGGCACAACUGAAGUAUAUCUUUGGAGUUUCACCAACACGAACAAGUGGUCCUUUGUCACUGGUGUAUACUUUGAAGAAUGUUUGCUCCUUGCUGCCAGACACCCAUCUUCCCACACUGGUGGUCAGUGCUGUGUCCAUGGUGUUUUUAAUUGCAGCAAAGGAGCUCAGCUCUUUUCUCAGUCCAAAGCUGCCAGUGCCCAUCCCAGUGGAGCUCAUCACAAUUGUGGCAGGAACGUUCAUAUCAUCCUAUUCCCACUUGAACAGCAACUACACAAUUUCAGUUGUCGGAGAAAUUCCUAGUGGUCUAAGUUCUCCCAGUGUACCAGAUGUGAGUCUCUUUGGAGAAGUUAUUGGUGAUGCUUUUGCAUUGGCCAUCGUUGGAUAUGCCAUAUCUAUUUCACUUGGAAAAACAUUUGCACUGAAACAUGGAUACAAGGUGGACAGUAACCAGGAGCUGGUGGCGCUGGGUCUCAGUAAUACAGUGGGAGGCUUCUUUCAGUGCUACUCUGUCUGCGCCUCCAUGUCUCGAAGUCUCAUCCAAGAGACCACUGGAGGAAAAACACAGAUGGCUGGAGUGGCCUCAGCUCUAAUUGUGUUGGUGACUAUACUCAAACUUGGGCCUCUGUUCCAGGAGCUGCCAAAGGCUAUCCUUGCAUCGAUUGUCUUUGUAAAUCUGAAGGGCAUGUUCAAGCAGUACUCUGACAUUGUUACCCUGUGGAAAAGCAGCAAGAUUGAUCUGGUGGUGUGGUUGGUCACUUGGGUGUCAACACUGCUGUUCAAUCUGGAUCUGGGCCUCGCAGCAUCAAUCAGCUUUGCUCUGCUUACUGUUAUCUUCAGAACUCAGCUGCCGACAUACUCUGUUCUGGGAAAUGUUCCAGGCACAGAACUGUAUGUGGAUAUAGAGACCCACAGAGAGGCUAGAGAGAUUCCAGGUGUUACUAUAUUUCGCUCCUCUGCUACAGUAUAUUUUGCCAAUGCUGAUCUCUACCUUGAAGCUCUGAAAGAAAAGAGUGGGCUUGACAUCAGUAAAAUGAUCAUCUAUAAGAGGAGACAGGAGGCCAAACAGAAACGUAGAGAAAGGAGGGCUGAGAGACGAGCGAAAAGGCAAGCCAAGAGAGAGGUAAUGUGGAAAUGCAUAACAUAACUGUAGAAACAUGGAUUGUUUAUAGAUUUUUCUUUUAAAU